AUGUCAAUCUUGUCAAAGAGAGGUGCUGGUGGCAUGACAAUGGGUGGACAAUCUCCAAUCACUCUCAAACCAUCAUCUCGUGCAAGAAAAGACUCGUUGUUCAAGAAGUCUAUAUCAUCGAAGGAGCAGAAGAGGCAGCAAGAAAAUGACGACAUUGAGGAUGAUAAUCAACAGUUGUUGUUGUCAGAGAACUUGCAACGUCAAGAGUCAGAGCUUAGUGGAAAAUCACCUACAGUUCCAAAGUCAGCUGUGGAACAGCACAAGGAUAAAGAAGGCGAGCAAUUGAGCCUAAUGGACUCGACAAUGCAAACAAUGAUUGGCAACACAGAGAAUGAGGAACUAAUGUACAGACUAAUGAUUGAUGAACUCAAUACCGAAAGAAAGCAUGACGAACGUAUACAUGAGCUGAUAGUAGAGCUUCCAGAGUGGCAAGAUUAUAACAACGAAGUACUUAGGACUCUAAGACAGAUAGAGAUUGAUUUCCAUGCAUAUCAAGGACCGUCUUCGUGGAUAUCCUACGACCAUUUUGAACAGAGGAGAAUAAGAGAGGUUGAAGAUAUAAGGAGGAAACACUACAAACGAGUUUCAAAUGCUGUAGAGGAGCGUAUGAAAUUGUUUGACAAAGAGAUGGACAACGACUGGCGAAACGAUAUCGAUGAGUUCAUGGCAGAGCAUAACUUGACAGAGCAAGAGUUGAGAAACGAUCCAGAGUUUGCCCCAAUAUUCAGAACAUUCGAUGGCAACCAGGAAGGAGAAGUAGACGAGUUUGACCAAGAUGAGAUCAACGAGAAGCUGGACGAAUUGGCACAUGACAAGGACGAGUUUGACAUGGAGCUUGGCGAGGCUUUGGGCGACGAGAGUCACCUACUUGAAGCCUCAGACAUCCCAGAGGAAGCCAGAGUAUUGUUCCACAAGGUGACCAAGACUCAAUAUAAGCGCAAAGACCUAAAGAUGGAACAUGAGUUCUCAAUGGAGCCAACAGGGUUGAAAUCAAAGUCAGCCAGUCGGGAUGAUGGUGAUUUCAACCUUAAAGAUAUAUUGAACAACAUGGAUAAAUAA